AUGAAUUCGGACACUCCGCGCGUUUCCUUCAUCGGAAUUGUCGAUUUCACUGAAGAGGCAAAGUGGCUAUACUGUUCAGAAUCAGUAUCAGACUUGCUAGGAUUCGAACCGCAUGAACUUAUUGGCACGCCGUCGCUCAAUCUCGUCCACCCCGACGAGUUUACCGAGGUCAAGUCGAUGCACUACAGUACAAUCACUCAGGAUCGUGCUGCGGUGCUCGCCUACCUCCGGAUGAAACACAAGGAUCCAUACAAAGGCUAUAUUUUGUGCGCCAUUUCGCGAACCGUAUGCCAGAAUGUCCUCGUCGGCAGCGUUUCGUACGCAUCGCCUGGACCGAAAGCCAUGCACAAUGCCUCCACCGCACAGGAAGUCAGGAUCAUCACGCCGUCCGCGAAAGACUUCGAAUUCCGACGGUGGAAUGACCCGAACCCGAUGCCUCCCUGCCCGGUGCCAAACCUCAGUCGUAGCGUAACUCCAACGGGCUCUCCUUCCGGCAGCAGAUCCCCAUCCCCAUCCCCGGAGCGUGAGGCCGAGGCUCCCGAGCACUUUGACCCGCUUCCGGAACAGUCGCCGCGUACGGCCUUGUUCCUGGACCGCUUCUCGCUGAAUUGCCCGAUCCUGUAUUGCUCGAACGACAGCAUCCUGCAGACGACGCAUGUGCUGGGCCGGAGCUUCUUCGACUUCGUCAUGCGCUCGGACGAGGACCUCGUCAGGAGCUGGAUCGAUGUCAUCAAGAGCUGGGGCGUCAAUGAACGCGGGCAGCCGAGCGACGGAGGGUUCGGAUUCGGGAAGUUUAAAGUAUGCGUGGAAGGGAGGGACUCGAGCGAACGCCCUCCUGACCCCGCGCCUUCACGCCGAGGGCAUCAGUCAAAUCGCGACCGUGAGCGGGGACGAGACCGCGAGCAUGACUACCAAAAGGCACAUCGCGCUUCCCACGGGACCACACACGACCCAUCUCACGGCCGGAACCGCCGUAGAGGAGAACCGCAGCAGCAGAGACUGGUCGUGGAUGCCAUCUUUUCGGCCCACUCCGACGGUCUGAUGGUCAUAAUCCGCAAAUCCGAGUCAUAA